UUUCUCUCUUUCUUUCUUUCAAUGUCCAUAAUGUCACAUAUUCUAAAGUCCAACUCAGUUAUGUUGAUCAGUGCCCGUCUAAUUGUUUGGCGGAAGUUUUGGGCAAAUUCAAAUGCAUUGUUAAUAACUCUCCAAUCUGCCAGCCUGAUGCUGUGAGUGGAUCGGGUGAGCGGCUGUAUUGUGUUUUCGUAUGAAGGGUUUGAGGAUUUGAGCUUAAAUAUUCAAAAUGGCGGACGGAGGAGCAGCGAGUCAAGAUGAGAGUUCAGGACCAGAUUCUAGAAUGAGUAAUCCAUCAGAAACGAGUAAAUGUGCAAUGGAGAGCGGGGACGAAAACGCUGGUGCCCAAACAAAUGGACUGGACUUUCAGAGGCAGACUGUGCAAACAACAAGUGCAAUCACCAACGCACACGCACAGGCCUUGCUCCAACAGUUGACUCUGACUCCAGCUCAGCAGCAGUUAUUAUUGCAGCAGGCUCAGGCUCAGCUGUUAGCAGCAGCCGUGCAACAUUCGGCCGGCCAGCAGAGCAGCACUACAGGAGCCAGCAUCUCCGCCUCCGCUGCCACCCCCAUCACCCAGAUCCCCCUCUCCCAACCCAUCCAGAUCACACCUGUAGAAUAUAACAAUAAACAACAAUUCAACACGUUACAGUAUGCAGUUACAUCUAUGAAUUUGAAGCAGCAGUUACAGCAGCUGCAACAGCAGCAGAACCUUAACCUGCAGCAGUUUGUGCUUGUCCAGCCGGGCCACCACAUCGCAACUCAGCUGCAGCCCGCUCAGUUCAUCAUCUCCCAGACGCCACAGGGCCAGCAGAGUCUCCUGCAAGCCCAGAACUUUCUAACUCAACUACCUCAAAGCCAAGCCAACCUCCUGCAGACCCAGCCAAGCAUCACACUUUCCACACAGCCUGCGACACCCACACGCACGAUAGCAGCGACCCCCAUCCAAUCCCUCCCUCACAGCCAGACGACACCAAAGCACAUUGACACACCCAGCCUGGAGGAGCCCAGUGACCUGGAGGAGCUUGAGCAGUUUGCCAAGACCUUUAAACAGAGACGUAUCAAACUGGGCUUUACACAGGGUGAUGUUGGCCUUGCAAUGGGAAAGCUUUAUGGAAAUGACUUCAGCCAAACCACCAUUUCUCGCUUUGAGGCCUUGAAUCUGAGCUUUAAAAACAUGUGCAAACUGAAGCCUCUGCUUGAAAAGUGGCUCAAUGAUGCAGUUUGUGCAGAAAACCAGACGUCUGACCAGGCCAUGUCCAGUCCCAAUUCUCUUGGCUCACCUGGGCUGGGCAUAGAGGGCCUGAAUCGUCGACGCAAGAAAAGGACCAGCAUUGAGACCAACAUCAGAGUGGCCUUAGAAAAGAGCUUUCUGGAGAACCAAAAACCUACCUCUGAGGAGAUCACCAUGAUUGCGGACCAGCUCAACAUGGAGAAAGAGGUUAUUCGAGUAUGGUUCUGUAACCGUAGACAGAAAGAGAAGAGGAUCAACCCACCCAGCAGUGGCUGCACCGCUAGCACCCCCAUCAAAGCAAUCUUUCCUCCCACCACACCUCUGGCACUGAGUACAGCCAGUCUUGUGACCAGUAACACACCGACUACAAUGACUGUAAGCCCUGUUUUGCCUCUCACCAGCUCUAGUGUCUCCAGCAUUGGUUUUACUGGCACAGCCAUUGGCUCGGCUACUACUAACACUGCAUCUGUCAUCUCCACUACACCUGUGGUCACCACCACAGCAUCCUCUCCUUCGCUCAGCCCUUCCCCCACCACACCGCAGACAUCCUCUACAGAGCAGACUUCGGCUCAGGGGACAGUCAUGGCAGUAAGUCAGGUACCCUCCUCCCUGGCAUCCACUCUGGGCACUGGGCAGGUGAUGGUGGCGGCGUCCAGCCUCUCGGCUGCUCUGCAAGGAGCCACCCAACUGCCCACCAGUGCCAGCAUCGCUGCCAUGGCUGCUGCUGCAGGCCUCAAUCCUGGGCUUAUGGCAUCCUCUCAGUUUAAUCCUGGUGGGGCUCUUCUGAGUUUGGCACCUGGUGGUCUAGGGAGCGCUUUGAGUCCAGCACUGAUGAGCAACAGCACCUUGGCCACGAUCCAAGGUGUGUGGAGCGCUCUGGCAUCUAGUGGCUCUCUGCCCAUUACAUCUCUGGACGGGAGCGGGAACUUGCUGUUUGCCAACACCAGUGCAGGGAGCACCCCAAACCUUGUGACGGCACCCCUCUUUCUGAACCCUCAGAACUUGUCCAUGCUUGCCAGUAACCCGGUCAGCCUGGUGUCUGCGGGAGGGGCUGCAGGUGCUUCUGGAGCCCUCAACCUGCAUAUAACCGCUGAUGCCCACCAGAACGCUGUUACCACAGCAACUAUGCCUGCCUCCACCAUCACCACGGCCUCUAAGGCCCAGUGAAAGCUUUACCCACUCUUCUCCUCUUCUUAUAACUCUUUCCUCUUCAUUGUUUUUUCUUUAAUCUCUUGCUACCACCAAAAAAACAAACCCACUAAAAAGGAUUUAAUAUUGUUUUAACGUUUGUUCUAACUUUUCACAUAUCUUUUAAACCCUAUUAUCUUUUGGACUUUAACCUGUCGGGUUGACUUCAGCAAAUCAACCAGCGAAUAUUGGCAUCUCCACAAAGCUUGCAUCAGGAGAGCAGAAGUCUCCCUAGAUGUUGUGCCAAGUGUCCGUGCGAUGCAAAAGCAUAUUUGCGUCCAUUUUGACAUUUAUAUCGUCAUCUCUCUUUUUCAGAGGUUCUUCUGAAAUGCUUUUAACCAAAAAACUUUGUUUACUCUGUGUUGAAUGGUUUUAACUGCUGACACUUACCCUCUUCUUCCUCAACACAGAAAAAGGACACCUUAUGUUUCUCUGUUCUCUUUCCAGUGGAGAUUCUACUUUACAGGCCUUUUUUACGAUGUUGCUGUCUCUCUGGAACUUUUCCUUUUGGAUUCACAUGGUUUAUUUUUGAUCAAACAGUGGGUUAGCUUUAUGUCCUAUAUCUUACUAACUCGUGGUUACAAGGCUUUAAUGGAGUAAUAAGCGGCUGUGUUGCGGUUUCAUUGCUUUACGGAAUCGUUCAACUGGCCUUUCUUACUAGAAAUACUUCUAGAUUUUGUUUUUAUUUGUUUUUCUUAGUUUACUCGGUAGCAGAAGUUUAUAAACUGUACUUUAGUCUGGGUCUGAAUCCUGACCCAGUCGCGGGCUUACUUUAAUACUAAAAGCUUUAAAAGAGUUAUGUCAUGAUCCAUCAAGGAGGAUUUGUUCAGUGACUGAGCAGUACAUUGAGGCCUCAGUAAUUGUAAACCAAAAGGAAAUCAUGUACUGAGAGUUCACAACUCUUAGGGGCUGUUCACACCAAACAUGUUUUUGCGUCCAUAUGCACCAUUUUCCUAAUUUUGUUUCUUUAUAAACAUUUGGCAGAUGGACAUCUUGGUUUGUGUCUCACAGUUGUUUCAGGGCACGUUUUUUUUUAGAAGGCAUGUCAAGUUAAAAAGAACUUAAACAGUUAAAAUGUGUCUAUUCUAUUAGUUGUGUUGUGCAAGAAUGUGUUCGGUCGAACGGCCCCUUGUGUUACUUAGUGUAAGGACUGUGUAACCACAUAAGGUAAACCUCCUUAAGGUCUUCCUAACAUGGGAUGAUUGUGAGGGUGUUGGUUAAGCGAAAGUUGAGGUGGAUGGCUUUCACAUUCAGAGGGUGGAGAAUUGCAAUGUGAGUUCUCUGCCCAGAAAUGUGUUUUUAUUUUUUUUAAUUUUUUUUAAGGUGUUUGAUUUUCUACUUGUGCACAGUAUCUGUACCAAAAAAACUGGAUUUGAGAACUGAAGUCUGCUUGGUUUUUAGCAGAACUUCUUUCACGCUUUAAGAGGUCUUUAUUUCGGAGGUCUUUCUAUUGCCUCUCUCUCAAGAUAUACCAAAAAUCUUUGUUAUACCUGUUGCUGUAUAUUGCUAUUGUAGCGUAGUUUAAGCUUAAAUAUUUAUGAGCAAAGGCUUUUGGUAGACCACAGGAAAUAUGAUAAUGCAAUAUUUUGAAGAUCUUUUCCAAAGACAAAAACAUAAUUUUAUUUCUUUUUCCUUUCUUUUUGUUGAGAUGGCUGUCCCUCCUCAAUUUUGUAGUGUCAGUCAGCAUAACUAACCAAAUAGAUCUGGAUUGAGGGGAGAGCAGGAUUGAUACUGCACUGAGGAUAGAAAGUACCAGUGUGAGGACAGUGAUGGUCCCUUCCGCUGGUCAUUGGUGAGGACUUUGAGUGAGUGAGAUAAAAACAAAAAUUGUGAAUUCUCCCAUUCUGUUCAAAUAUUUGAAAAUUGUAGAGGUGCGGUGUGGCGGACUUAAUGCCACUGUGUUCUUGCCUUACAGGCUUCUUUUAAUAUCCCUUUUCUGUAGUUACAAGGUGACAGACUCAGUCCUCCAUAACCUGAAAUAAGGGCCAUCGCUUAUUCACGGGGUCCAGGACACUUUUUAAUGAGUGGCCCCCCCCUUUUCCCAGGCACAAUGAGUAGCCUAUUCCAUAGAGGACAUUAGACUGGGCCUGUCUGAAAUAUCCAUCAUAAAGAUGGGACAGGAGCGAAAAUUUGUUUUUCCCUACCAAUGUAAUGCAGCCAUGAUGUAAAGCUUGAACCAAAGUCAUUUUCACACUAGCUGCUGUGCCUGUGUGGAUCAGUGCAAUGCUGACCACACUUUCACUACUCACUACUGACAAACUUUACCAUCUAUUACACUUCUUUUUAAACCUUCCCUUUCACAACAUUAGCCAACAAAUCGUGUUCGGCUUUGUAAAGAAACAUAGCCUAUCUUGCUUUGCGCUAACUUGCUUUAGCUCUUGAUAUCAAAGCAUUUAAUGAUCCAAAGAGAAUCUUAAGGGCCUUGUAUUUAAGUGCUGUUGAGAUUUUGGGAGUCUUUGUCCUUCAUUUUAGUCUUUGUUCUUCUUGGUAAGUCUUGAUUUAAAUGUGACCUUGUAGGGCUCAACACAGAUUGCACUGGUGUUGCCAGAACAUAGCAUUGUAAUGAAUGAAUAGCAAUAGAAAUAUCAAGAGUCCACCUACACUUGAUUUUAAUGUUCAGAGGAACCUGUGGAAGUACAGUAGGCCCUGAAACAUUUAACGGCUCUCUCAUACCGCAUGACUUGCGUUUGGAAGAAGGUGGACAUCGAGCAUAGCAUUGGUACAUUGUCUAGACUUCUGGUUUUAUGUUACAGAACAAUACAGGUGGGCAUACUGGGAGAAUUACAGUAGUUUUUCCUCUGUAGCCUUCCUCUAAACUCUUUCGCAUUUGAAUAAUGUCGCAAAGAGGUGAGAGUUUCCCCCGUUGUCCCUUUUUGUUACUGUGGCACUUUGUGUCUGUUUUUGUUAUGACUCUAAUGCUAAUUGUGUUUGUGUUAAUAUGAUUUGAAAUACCUCAGCAGCACUUACAUGGAAGGUUCACUUUAAGGGAAAGACACCAACAGUCAACUCCAGAAUGUACAAAAGCUGUGUUUAACAGUCCAUUUUUAAAUGAUUAAAAACAUGUUAAUGUUACGUAAAACUACAAACAAAAUAUAUCAGAAAAAUCUGUAAUAAUGUCACUCUACUACUGCUAUUUCAAGUACUACUACUUAAAGGGUAUCUCCAGGUUAACUAACUUGGAAUUAAUAUUUUGUUAUCCUACUUGCCAAAGUAAAAAAGGCCUUUGUCUUUGCGGCUGGGUUGAUGUCUUGUUGCUGCUCAUUCCACUGGAAAUUUCAAAGUAGCCUCUCUGGACGUGCAAAUUUACGUGUUGUUUGCGUGUUAGUGUCAUGACCCGGUGGCACCGGGACUGUGGGGAGUUACUGAUAUAUUUAUCUGAGGAAUGACUCGAAAGAUUAGAGAGAACUUCUUUUUUUCUAAAUUCUAUAUAUAUUCACUUAUGUAAGAUGCUCAUAUUUUAUAUUUGAACCAAUAUCUAGUUUGAAUGUAGUGUUUUUGUCAUGCUUAUUCACUAAAAAAAAAAAAAAAAAAAAAAAGAAAAAAAAAGACAUUUAUAUUGUAGCUAUUCUGGAAAAAAAAGUUAAGACCAAAAAUUAAAACCACACCCUUGAGAUGUGGGAGUGGCUGUCAUGUGCCCCGCCCACAUCACAAUGUGGUUUAUUCAAGUGGGUGGAGCUCCCAAAAGAUAAGACUUGAUAGCACCAAACUACUCUAAAUUUGAAUUCUUCUUUGCUUUGCCUUUUUUUUACUUUAACAAUCAUUUGAAUUUAUUUACUGAAUUUUUUUUUAGUAUAUCAUGAGGGAGCAAGGUCACUGGCUUUCUUAGUUUGACAAAAACUUGCAUUUAUGAUUUAUGCCUUAUUAUUAUUCUUCUUAUUAUUAUUAUUUCAGAAGUUUGACACAUUGUAGCAAAUUGUAGUGAGUAUGUUUAUGCAAGAGAUGAUUUUCGUUUUUUGUUGCGUAUGUGUGCGCAUGUGAAAGAAGAUGCACCCAAGCAUGCACCAAUGUCAAACUCGCGUGGUGCAUAUCGACCAUGAAAAUAAUGCUGUGAGUUCUAUGUGUUUUGUGAUAUUUUGGAAGUGUUGCUACCUAUUAUGUAGGUAGAAUUCAAGCCGGUUGGAUACCUGUUGAAAAAGCUUUACUAAUAACUCAACUCCUGCUGAUUUGUAGGGGGGUGGCAUGAUUGUUGCUUGUGGUGCUUUUACUUUAAAAAGUUAAAGGGUUAGUUCACCAAAAAAUGAAAAUUCUGUCAUUUACUCACCCUCAUGUUGUGUUUAAACCCGUAUGACUUUCUUAACUGCAUAGCACACAAAAGUAGAUGUUUGGCGAGAUGUUAGCCUCAGUCACCAUUCGCUUUCAUUGUAUGGGGAAAAAAUGCAAUGAAAGUGAAUGGUGACUGAGGCGAUCUGAUGGUGGUCGGAUUUUGAUGACACCAUUUUUGUUUGAUAGAAAACUAUUCCUUUUAAUACUGUAUAGAAAGUAGUUUCUGUCUGAAGUAAUAAGACUUUGAUUUACUCAUCGAUCAAAAAUACAGGAAACAUGGCAUUUUUUUGGAUAUUAGUGGAUAUAAGGAAGCAUCAUAUUGAUUUGAUGCAAUUGACCACAUGGCUGUAAAUGAUCCCUUGGACACUUGAUUUUGGUGUGUGACUGGGUAGUAUUCCGAUUGUAUAAUAUAUUGUUGCUGUAGACCCUCAGUCUAGUGACAAAAUAGGAUAGUUGCAGAAGAGGUCAUGCACCAGAAAGAGUGAGAGCUGGUCUGAGUAAAGGAGCUGUUGUAUACCUCAUUUAUAACCGAGUAAAAACUUGCUUAAAUCUACUUCAUAAGAUUAAAUGAAAUUUAAAAAAUUUACUGUCCCACAGCAGGAAGCCCGCAGUUGUCAGUAUAUUGUUUGGAGUGAGAAACUGGAUUGACACCAAGAAGAACAAAAAGGCACGCAAGACACACAAGCACAUGCAUAUUAGCCAGAAUUUAGAAGCUCAUCCCACUUAUUUAUAUUUUCCUUUUUAUAUAAACUUAAGUUCACACUAGCCACUUAUUCAUUUUGUAUCAAAGCUUUUUAUAUGAUUUGACAAUCGUCAUCUUUCCCCCAUUCUGAGUUUUGCUGCAUGGUUUGUGUGCUUGUGUGUUCUUCGUUCUUUUGGCGGUCUGCAAGUUCCUCACCUUCUCUGUGGUAACCAAAGACUUUCAAAGUGAUUGUAUGGACUAAACUCUCUCUCCUAUUACCCUGCCUCAACUUUUGAGAUCAUUGGUCACACAUGGCUAAGUGGGCGGGGUUUAGUAAAAAGAGGGGAAAAAAAGCUCUGCUGGCUUCUUGAAAGGACUUGUCAAAGUAACACCUCACGGGCUGGGUGAAGUUUAUUAAUACACACUGAAGGAUGUCCUGGGCUCACUGCAACCUUCUCUGGAUGAACUGUUCUCUGGAGUUACAACACUGUUUCUAUGAUUGUCUACGGAAAACAUGCAAGGUCUCUCCAUAAUUUUAGGUGCCGUUGUCCCGUAAUUUUGGUGUUCUGUCAAUGUAUUUAUCUAGCUUUGCUGUUUCCACGAUCAUGAUUUCAAUUGGUUUGAUUGAUCAGCUGUGCAACUAUGCAUUGUUGUCCUCCAUCCAGCAAGGGUGGUGUCUGUGUGACACAAUCCUUUUGAUAGUUUUAUGCCGAGUGAAGGGUCGAAAGAAACUGUAAGCUCUAUUCCAAAGCAAAAAUCCAAAUAUGAAAUGUUUUACAAAUGCAGAUACCAAAGAUGACUCUGUUUUUUCCUUCUUCCUUCCCAAAUCCUUCAGCUUGUGUAUUAAGAAACAGAACCCAGCUCUGGCAGUAGUCCUAACCUCAGUAAUUCCAAAGCUUAGAUGUAUAUUUUGGUAUUUUUCUGAGAUGCUUAUGGGGGGGGGAGUUUGUUGUUUUAAUUUUCUUGAAUUUGUUGUUCUUUUUUCUGUCACAGCAUGGAAUUAACGGCAAAACUGUCUUACUGUAGGUAAAAGAAAUAGUAUUUUUGUAUGUUUUUGGAUGUCAAUGUAUGUGAUAUCAGUUUCACUGCCCAAUUUAUCAUUGUUUUUAAAACAAAAGAGGAAAAAAAUGAAAAUGUACAUAAUGCUUUGUCAAUGAUUUCAAAAGAAAUCCCUCUCUAUACUCUCAUUUCUCAUUUCUGUAUUUCCUUCAGCUAAAUCUUAAGGAAAGUGUUCCAUUCUCACCCUGUCACAUACUGUAGAUUGUUACUCCUAUAUCUCCCUUCAGAACGCUGUAACUCAUUGUUGUCAUAGUGAUGAUUGGUUGGGUUCUGUGUAUCACUACAAACCUGAACUCUAUUGCCACUCGUGGCCUGUUAUCAAGAACAUAAACCCUAGACUGAACGCUAAAUGGCUACAUCACUGUAGCUUAGAAUUGAAUGAUUGUGUAGAUUAAAAGUAUGUGAAUCAGGAUAACAUGGUAGCUUUAAUGCAUUUGUCUGCUGUAUUUUUGUUGUUUUAUAUAUAUAAUCUUUUACUGUAACUGUACAGUUCUCUUUUUUGUUGUAAACAUCAUUAAACCAUUUUCCAACUGUUUUAAUAUUCUAA